AUGUUUGCCCAAGGUGCAACGCCCGGAAAAGUUGACACUUGGAGUUACGAUGAGGAAGACGAAGACUUCACGCAAGGCACGAACGUCCAGAACUACUGCAAUACCUGGGUUUUGGACCAACUUUGGACGUUGUUUCAGAACGCAUCAUCGAACGACUUGCUUGAUUCAGAAUUACGUGCCGACAAAAUGGUAUUCUUCCUGCACCUUCUUGGUCUGGAUACCACUGAUCACUCGUAUAGGCAACACUCCAAGGAAUACACGAACAAUAUCCAAGUCGUCGAUCGCAUCGUCCGACAAACAGAAGAACUUUUCUCCAAUUUCUACCAUGAUGAAGAGACAAGCUUUGUAUUUACAGCUGACCACGGCAUGCCUAGGAUCGGCAAUCAUGAUGAUGGCGGUGAGGAGUUCGCAUUCGCAUUCGCAGACCCGGACAACACACGUACCCCACUAAUUGCAUGGGGGCGAGGCAUCAGGGGCCCACUUACUGGCAUCAUUCCUUCCUCGCACGAUGAGUACUCUCGGCUCUGGCAACUUGACGACUUUCUUCGACGAGACGGGGAACAAGCGGAUCUUGCACCCCUGAUAGCUGCGCUGCUUGGUAUUAACUUCAGUGGGAAUCCUUCAUGCAGAUCCUACGCGACCUGGCUACUUGCUACCGCGAGAAGGAGAGUCAGCCUUGGCCCGGCUUGCAUUGGCAAAUGCAGAAAGUAUUUUAGAAUACUACCGAGUAAAACACGUGAUAGAAGAUGGUUCGAAUCCCGUCGAGAGAUAACUGAACUCAUCAAGGUUACUCUACAAGGUCUUCGAUAUCUCGAAACUGGUUAUGCUCCAGUGUAUGGUUGCGGCCUACACUCACUGGUCGCUAUGGAGCAUUGGUUUUUUGGCCAUGGGCAUUUUAUGGCCACAUGCGUCAUGGCUAAGUCACAUUUGGUCAUAACACUGAGACUCUUACUUUCUUGGAUGAGUAGCUGUCUUGUAACUGGCAUAUUCCCACUACUCAGUGUUAACAAGAGAGAGGAUUUGUACAUGAUGCUGCAAAACUAUCUGAAAUCACCCAGUUACUGCAAGCUCAGUGAAAAAUUUACAAGCAAAGCAGGGAUUGUCCAUCAUCAACCAAACUUCAGCAUGGCUCAAGAGGAGUGUAAAAGGAGAAUGCUGAACAUAGGGCUCAAUAUUAGCCGGUUCCCAUUAAUUUAUGACACUUCAGCAUCCAGCAUCAGUAACGACUCAAAUGAAACUUUGCAACACGGAUCAAAUCACACGUCUUCUCAUGAUUCCCAUAUAUCCGGACACUCUCGCAGUCCCACCAUAGAUUUUCAAGUACAAUUACACCCUGGUGAUUUGGAUGGGUACUAUUCAGAUUCUUAUACUUCGCCUGAUAUACUAUCCGAUCGCUGGGAUUCUGAUGGUAGAUGUGAUUCCCAAGAGUCAGAACCCCCGCAUAUACCAUCAAUCACCCUACCUCCGGACUUUGACAUUGAUGCGGCACUCAAAUUAAAUACUGCCGAGGUGCUGCAUGAUGUAUUCAGGGCAAAUGGCCUCGAGGUUGAUGGCAGUGGUCCGAAAUGGACCCUUCAUUGUCCUGACUGCAAGUCCGAUAGUACUGACUCUGACUUGGACCUGGACCCUUUGAAUUUCUCAGAUUCCGAGACUCAACUGUUACACGCCGAAGCUGAGGAACCUUCCAUUGAUAUUCCCACAGAGCUCAGAUUAAACACACCCGAUUCACUCCUUAAGGUGUUUACGGCUGGACACCUGGCUGUUGGCAUCAGCAAUCGGUCACACUGGACCCUUCAAUGCCCUGACUGCAAUGGAUGGUGCCAAACAAAUGUCUCAUCUGACAUCCCUCUCUUUGCACCUGCUCUCCCUCCCGAACCUGGUAAGACGUCACAAAAGCCGCAGGCGAUUGCUGUGGAGGCUGUGUGGCGCUACAAUAUGCCCGACCAUGUUGUACAUCUGCACAAGGAGUACAUCGUGCCUGGACGAAGGGAGGGUGGUGUCAUGUUACCUCCGGCUGUUUGGAAGGCGAUGAAACUCAUGGAUCUUGAACAGAGUGUCGCGUGCAUUCCGAAGGAUCACUGGCAAUCUUCCUUUGCUGCUGCAUCCGAGCUCAACAAGGAGAACGUGCAAGCAUCAGGUUCUUGGGGUGCUAAACGGCCCACACUUGAAUCAUCAGGGUCUUUACCUUCCAAACGUGCUCACACAUCUGUUUCCCGCCUUCAAACUGCUCUCACUUCGUUGAAUUGA